AUGACAAUAACAUAUACAGGUGAAGUGGCCACAUGCCGUGGCUUUGGCUGUUUUCUCAAACUGCUGCUCAGGUGGCGCGGAAGUAUUUACAAAUUAGUCUGGCUGGAUCUGUUGGCCUUCCUCACAUUAUAUUACCUACUUAAUCUGGUCUAUCGGUUUGCGCUCAAUGAGGCCCAGAAAGAAACCUUUGAGGCGAUCGUCGCCUAUUGUAAUAGUUAUCGUGAUCUCAUACCGCUGUCUUUUGUGCUGGGUUUCUAUGUAUCCAUUGUGAUGACUCGCUGGUGGAAUCAGUACACCUCCAUUCCCUGGCCGGAUCCCAUCGCCGUCUUCGUCAGCUCCAAUGUGCACGGCCAGGACGAGCGUGGUCGAGUCAUGCGUCGCACGAUCAUGCGCUAUGUGUGCCUCUGCCUGACCAUGGUGCUGGCCAAUGUGUCGCCGCGCGUCAAGAAACGGUUUCCCGGCCUCAACAAUCUGGUGGAGGCGGGCCUGCUCAACGAGAACGAACGCACCAUCAUCGAGACGAUGAACAAAUCUUUUCCCAGGCCCUCGAAGCACUGGCUGCCCAUUGUCUGGGCGGCGAGCAUCAUUACGCGCGCUAGGAAGGAG